AUGCCUACACUAACGCUAGAUAAGUUAUACGAAUUAGUUUUAGAAUAUUUUGCUACAAAAAUUCCAUGCAUUUCAAAACCAGUAAACUCUAUUACCGAAUAUAUUAAAACUAACACUUUAGAACUAUCCGAGGCGUUCAAACAAGAAGAAUUUACAAAUAUCAAUUCAAAUGCGAAAUAUGCUUUUCUUCUUGGAUACCUUCACAUACAGGGACUCGUCGUCCAAAAAAGCAUCGACUCCGCAUUUAAAUAUUUCAAAAUAGCAGCAGAAAAUGGUGACACUCUUGGAUCCUUAUGGCUAGGAACUUGUUAUUUAGAAAACAUAGGAACACCGACGACUCACAAUGAGGGUAACAAGAAAGAAGGUAUUCACUGGUACGAAAAAUCAGCAAAAUCAGGAAACUAUGCAACGCAAAGUUUCUUGGCGGAAUAUUAUUCGCUGCUGCAACCGAAUUACGAUCCGGCAAAAGUUUUCUACUGGCGAAACUUGGGCGCAGAAAGUGGAAGUCAAGCUGCACAAUUGGCCACGGCGAGAUUGUAUGUUCGUGGCAAAGGAACUAACAAAGAUUUACAUUGUGCGUUGAGAUUGUAUUUAAAGAGCGGAUUUUUUGAGACUAUGAAGAUAGAUUUGGAGAUUAAAAAUGUGAAUUAUAGGAGACGAAGAUGUUGCUUUUUGAAAAAUAUCAUUUCUAGUUAA